GAGAGAACUUGAAGCUAGUAUCAGCCAUUAGCUAGCCAUGUUGAUUCUAAUCAAGCUUAUACUGCUUGUGGUUUCCUCUCUAUCCGGCUUUGCAUCUUCCCAGGACUUUAGUAUCACCUACAAUGGAUUCCGGUCGUCGAACUUGAGCCUGGAUGGCAUAGCUGAAAUCGCACCAAAUGGCCUCUUGAAGCUAACCAAUGCCACCAGGCAAGAGAAAGGUCAUGCCUUCUUUCCUAAUCCUGUCAGCUUCAAGAAUUCACCUAAUUCCUCUGCUUUCUCCUUUUCCACCACCUUUGUCUUCGCCAUAUUGCCCGAAUAUCCCACUUUGAGUGGUCAUGGGAUUGCUUUCGUAAUUGCGCCAACACGAGGCCUUCCAGGAGCUCUUCCUAGUCAGUAUCUCGGCCUCUUCAACGAAUCCAACACUGGAAAUGCGACCAAUCAUGUUUUUGCAGUGGAACUCGACACAAUCCAAAGCAGCGAGUUCCAUGAUAUUAAUGAUAACCACGUUGGGAUCGACAUCAAUGGGCUGACCUCUACACGAGCACAGCCAGCAGGUUACUAUUCCGAUAGCGAUGGUAAGUUUCAGAAUUUGAAUCUUAUUAGUGGUAAAGCAAUGCAAGUUUGGGUGGAUUAUGAUGGAACAGCCAAGCAUAUAAAUGUCACAUUAGCUCCAAUACAUGCUACUAAACCAAACCAACCUCUUUUAUCUUUAUCCUAUGAUCUUUCACCAGUACUAAAUGAAACCAUGUAUAUUGGUUUUUCAUCAUCCACCGGUUCUGUGCUGACAUCCCAUUGCGUCCUGGGAUGGAGUUUCAAGAUGAAUGGUGUGGCUCAAGGGCUUGAUCUUUCUCAACUUCCUAAGCUCCCACGAAAUGGGCCUAAGGAAAAAUCCAAAGUUUUAACCAUUGGUUUGCCUGUCAUUUUGAUUGUUUCUCUGUCAAUUGCAAUCUCUGGCAUAAUAUAUCAGGUGAGAACCAAGAAGAAGUUUGCAGAAGUGCUUGAGGAUUGGGAGCGUGACUAUGGCCCUCACAGAUUCAAGUACAAAGAUUUAUAUAUCGCCACAAAAGGGUUCAGGGACAAGGAGUUACUGGGACGAGGGGGUUUUGGAAGGGUAUACCGAGGUGUCCUGCCUAGCUCCAAACUUGAGGUUGCUGUCAAGAGGGUGUCUCAUGAAUCCAGGCAAGGAAUGAAGGAAUUUGUGGCAGAAAUUGUCAGCAUAGGCCGGUUACGCCACAGAAAUUUGGUUCCACUUUUAGGUUACUGCAGGCGAAAAGCUGAAUUGCUAUUGGUUUACGAAUACAUGCCAAAUGGAAGCCUGGACAGGUAUCUAUACGAGCAGCCCAACUACACCCUGAAUUGGAACCAAAGAUUUCGAGUCAUAAAAGGCGUUGCAUCUGGAUUGUUUUAUCUACAUGAAGGAUGGGAACAAAUAGUGAUUCACAGAGAUGUAAAGGCCAGCAACGUCCUGUUAGACGGUGAAUUGAAUGGAAGAUUAGGAGAUUUUGGGCUUGCGAGAUUGUAUGAUCAUGGGACAGACCCUCAAACAACUCACGUUGUUGGAACACUCGGGUACCUCGCGCCAGAGCAUGCUAGAACUGGCAAGGCUACAACCGGCACAGAUGUAUACGCCUUUGGGGCCUUUUUGCUUGAGGUGGUUUGCGGUAGAAGGCCAAUAGAAACACAAGCCCCGACAGAGGAUGCCAUUUUGGUUGAUUGGGUAUUUUCUUGCUGGAACAAGGGGCAAGUUCUUGAAGCUGUUGAUUCAAACAUGGGACUAGAUUAUGUCAGAGAGGAGGUGGAACUGGUUAUGAAGCUUGGAUUGUUGUGCUCGAACUCAGAGCCCACAGCAAGGCCAAGCAUGCGUCAAGUUGUUCUAUAUUUGGAUGGCGCUUUGGCACUGCCAGAUUUAUGCUCACUUGGGAUUUCUGCCAAUGGCUUAUCCUUUGCAAAUCAUGAAGGUUUCAGUGAUUUUGCCUUAUCAUAUCCAUCUUCAAUGGACAAGGGAUCUUCAUAUGCUUCUUCUGUUACGGAAUCGCUGCUAUCUGGAGGUCGCUGAUUGUAGACAAAUCUUUCGAUCCAUAGCAUGUUGGAGAAUAUUCAAUUGAUGUAAUUGUUGAUCAAUAAGACACUAUUGUUCUCUGUUUAUUUUGGCAUUAGUGAGUCAGAAAUGUACCUAGGGAACAAAAAAGUAGCCAUUAAUGAGGAAUCUCAUAGUUUUGGUGA